AUGAGACCGCACACACCCACCCUGGUGAGACAGCACACACCCACCCUGGUGAGACAGCACACGCCCACCCUGGUGAGACAGCACACACCCAUCCUGGUGAGACAGCACCACCCUGAAAUAGGUCCACACCCAGCGGUUUUAGACCUAUACACAUAUGGAAGAGGUCUAUCUGAAGCUAGAGCUUCUCUACUUGCCAACAGAGGUUUUGUGGUCUUUACAGUGUCAUUAUAUGGGUAUGAUGAUAAUCCUAAAAACAUGACCAAGAUCCAUCUGGAGUAUUUUGAGGAGGCGAUUCAGUUCUUGAAAAAUCAGCCGCAGGUUUGCGGCUCUGGAUUAGGUUUGUUAUCACUGUCCAAAAGGGGUUAUCUAGCACUGUCCAUUGCCACUUUUCUGCCAGGCAUUGCUGCUACCGUAUGGAUCAAUGGUUGCAAUGCCAAUGCCAUGAUUCCUCUUCACUACAAAGGCACAGCCCUAAUGCUUGAUACCAAAAGAGUCUUUGCUACAAAGUCAGGGGCCUUAAAUGUGAAAUAUGUUAUUAAUGACCCCAUGGCAGUGGAGAAUCAGGCAACGCUCAUCCCAAUUGAGAGAGCCAAUGGAAGGUUUCUCUUUGUUGCUGCAGAGGAUGACCAAAACUGGGACAGUUGUUAUUUUGCAGAUCAGGCAAUGCAACAACUAGAGAGUCAUGCGAAGGAUGAUUACGAGUCAGUAUUUUACCCUGGGGCAGGACACUACUACAUGCCCUUCUGCCCGUCCAGUAUUCAUGGUGUUAUCGGAAAGCCUGUUGUGUGGGGAGGUGUGCCCAGGUCCCACGCAGCAGCAGAGGUCGACCUUUGGAGGAGGAUUCAGGAGUUCUUUAGAACUAACCUGGCAAACAAUAGCAACUUGAGUAAAGCCAAGUUAUAA